GUCCUGUAUUUAAAGAAUAUUUAACAUUAAAAAAAACAAUUCGACAUUCCGUGAAAUUAUUGAAGAUUCUGAUACUAUAAAACAACUAAUCGAAAUGGAUCACAAGGAAUUUCGUGUAAAAGCAAAAGAGAUGGUGGACUACAUAGCGGACUAUUUGGAGAACAUCAGAGACAGGCGCGUGUACCCCAGCGUGCAGCCCGGGUAUCUACACAAGCGGUUACCUAACGAAGCUCCUCAUUUACCAGAGAAAUGGGAUGAUAUCUUUAAAGAUGUUGAAGAACAUAUUAUGCCCGGGAUUGUACAUUGGCAGAGUCCGCAUAUGCAUGCGUAUUUUCCAGCUCUCACUUGCUAUCCUUCUAUAAUGGGGGAAAUGCUGUCCAGCGCUUUGAAUGUUCUAUGUUUUACUUGGGCUUCGUCUCCUGCCGGAACUGAAUUGGAGACAAUUGCCAUGAACUGGUUAGGGAAAGUGCUGGGACUUCCCGACUGUUUUCUUAAUGAAAAAAAUGAUAGUCCUGGAGGUGGAGUUAUUCAGACAACAGCGAGUGAGGCAACUUUGGUAAGUUUGCUCGCGGCACGCACUAGAGCACUGAUGGAGCUGUCAAAACUGAAUACGGAUCUUCAAUCUUCCGAACUUCUCGGUCACCUCAUCUGCUAUUGCUCUGACCAAGCUCAUUCGUCGGUGGAAAAAGCCGGCCUGAUUGGUUUGGUGCGAAUGCGAUAUAUCGAGUCAGACGCAAACCAGAGCAUGCGCGGAGACAAACUUGAAGAAGCAAUCCUUAACGACAAGUCCAAAGGACUUGUGCCUUUUUGGGUAUGUGCGACCUUGGGUACAACAGGGUCUGUAGCAUUCGACAACUUGCGAGAAAUUGGUCAGGUGUGUGAGAAGCAUUCCGCAUGGCUUCACGUCGACGCGGCUUAUGCUGGCAGCGCUUUCAUCUGUCCUGAAUAUAGGCAUUGGCUGGAUGGAGUGGAGCUAGCGGAUUCAUUUGCGUUCAAUCCUUCGAAGUGGUUGAUGGUAAAUUUCGACUGCACCGCUAUGUGGGUGAAAGAUAGCACUGCUCUUCACAGGACUUUCAAUGUAAACCCGAUUUACUUACGUCAUGAAAAUUCCGGAAAGGCAAUCGAUUAUAUGGUAGGAUCACAAAAAUCCAAUACAAGGAAAAAAGUUGUUGGAAUUCAAACAAACGGUGUUUAUACAAAUGGUAACGUAAAACUUGUUAAUGGUGUUAACGGUCACCAUAAAUUCGAUGAAAAUGGUGACGACAAAUCUAAUCUCCACGGCUAUUGUAAAAUGUCUCCUGGCUGCGGGGGAAAUAUACAACUAGAAAAUCCUGAUAAGAAUGAACCACUCCAUUGGCAAAUACCAUUGAGCCGUCGCUUUAGAGCUUUGAAGUUAUGGUUCGUCCUGCGCAACUAUGGAGUAGUUGGUUUACAAAAGCAUAUUCGUGAGAGUGUACGGUUGGCACAAAAGUUUGAAGCUCUCGUGUUGGCUGAUCAACGUUUUGAGAUACCUCAGAGCAGGAAUUUGGGAAUGGUCGCAUUUCGUCUAAAAGGAGACAAUGCUCUGACAGAACGUCUUCUGAAGCGUCUGAAUGCUCGCGGCUACAUUCACGCCGUGCCGGCUUGUUUCAAAAGUGUUUACGUCAUUCGAUUCACUGUGACGUCACAACGGACUACAAACCAGGAUAUCAUCGAUGACUGGACUGAAAUCAAAGCUGUUGCGUCUGAAAUUUUGAUCGAGAUGUUUGGAUCUGAAUAUGGGAAUGUUGUCGUACCGAAGAAGCCAAGAGUUUCUCUUAAAGAAACUCGUGAAUUAAACGCUACUUUCGGAACGAGCCUUCUUCUUGCCAAUAGUCCGAUGAGUCCUAAAAUUGUGAACGGAACCCACGUUGCUAUCUGCGAUUACGAACAAGUUCUCAACUCCUGUGCGCAAACCUUCGCUCAGCUGAAAAUGGAGCCUAAAGAUAGUCCCGAGAUGCGUAGACGUAUCCGCGGAAUCAAGAUGUGCGGUAAGAAGUUCUCACUGGACUCCUGCAUGGACAUGGUCCAGGGUCUCAUGAUGGAGCAAUCUCUUCCUCAAUGCUCUGAAGAUGAAAGGGAAGAGGCUUCCGCCGGAUCAAGCCCCGGUGAAAAAUCAUCCAAGUCAACAUCGCCAGCCACAUCUAUCAGUGCUAAGCCUGAUGUAGUUUCAGACACAAAUCAAUUGGAAGUACCUGUUACAAAACCUCACAGAUCCAAAUCUAUGGAUGUAUCUGUUAUGGGCUUGAGUUUAGAUGAUGCUAAAAUAACCAUAGAUAUGAAGAACAAUGAAAUCACUAUAACUCCAACUGGCUCAAAGACAUUUGACGAUGGUACUGAUAAAACACAAAAAUCUGUCCAUUUUGAUGCUAUCGAAGAGAAACUUAACAUUGGAAAUAGAAUCAGUCAAGCAUUUGAGAAUUUUCAAGAUGGCUUGGAAAUGUUAAGUGAAUUCCGUCAAAAGAAUGAGACGAAAGAUGGUAAUGAGAAAGUCGAAGCUAAAACGGAUGAUUCUAGCAGCAAACUAACAAUUCGUGGUCCGGGGAAUUAUAUUAAGAAAUUAAUUCAGCAAUUCAGUGAAGGUCCAUUUGAAGUCGAUGAUUCUAAAACUGAAUCUGGAAGAGCUGUAGCCACACCUUCUAUUAGAGAUAGAGCUGAUGCAAUCUGCAAAAAAUGCUUACAUUAUAAAGGAAAAAUUGAAAAAUAAGCUAAUAUUCAAUGGAAUGAAAUUAAUUUCAUUUUAUUGAUAAUUUUACUGUUUGUUAGUGUUAACUUCUCGUUGCUUAAUUAUAUUAUG